AUGGGCGUCCCCAACGCCAACCAGCCGUCUAACGGCCACGGCAGCUCCAAUGCCGCCAAAUACGACCUCCCUUCACAUUUCAUCGGUGGCAACCACCUCGAAGUAGCACCUCCGAGCAGUGUGAAGGACUUCGUUGCUGAGCACGGCGGUCACUCCGUCAUUACUUCGGUGCUAAUCGCCAACAACGGUAUCGCCGCCGUCAAGGAGAUCCGAUCAGUGAGGAAAUGGGCCUACGAGACCUUUGGCAACGAGCGCGCGAUCCAGUUCACCGUGAUGGCCACCCCCGAGGAUCUGCAUGCCAACGCCGACUACAUUCGUAUGGCCGACCAAUACGUCGAGGUUCCCGGUGGAACGAAUAACAAUAAUUAUGCCAACGUCGAGCUGAUCGUCGAUGUUGCGGAGCGCAUGGAUGUCCAUGCCGUGUGGGCUGGUUGGGGUCACGCCUCCGAAAACCCUCGGUUACCCGAGUCCCUGGCUGCGUCGCCCAAGAAGAUCAUCUUCAUUGGCCCCCCGGCCUCGGCCAUGCGCUCUCUGGGUGACAAGAUCUCCUCCACCAUUGUCGCACAACAUGCCGGUGUGCCCUGUAUCCCCUGGUCUGGAACUGGUGUCAACGACGUGACGAUUGACGACAAGGGAAUUGUGACGGUCGAGGAGGAUGUCUAUGCUCGCGGCUGCACCUUCUCUCCUGCCGAGGGUCUGGAGAAGGCCAAAGAAAUUGGCUUCCCCGUCAUGAUCAAGGCCUCCGAAGGUGGUGGUGGUAAGGGUAUCCGUAAGGUCGACAGCGAGGAGAAUUUCGUCUCCCUGUACAAUGCGGCCGCCAACGAGAUUCCUGGUUCGCCCAUUUUCAUCAUGAAGCUUGCCGGUAACGCCCGCCACUUGGAGGUUCAGCUGCUGGCUGAUCAGUACGGCAACAAUAUCUCGCUUUUCGGCCGUGACUGCUCCGUCCAGCGUCGUCACCAGAAGAUUAUUGAGGAGGCCCCCGUCACCAUUGCCAAGCAACCCACUUUCCAGGCCAUGGAGAAGGCCGCCGUCAGCCUGGGCCGUCUGGUCGGUUACGUGUCUGCCGGUACCGUCGAGUAUCUGUACUCGCACUCCGACGACAAGUUCUACUUCCUCGAGUUGAACCCUCGUCUUCAGGUCGAGCAUCCCACCACUGAGAUGGUGUCCGGUGUCAACCUGCCUGCUGCUCAGCUCCAGAUUGCCAUGGGUAUCCCCCUGCACCAGAUCCGCGAUAUUCGUCUCCUGUACGGUGUUGACCCCAACACCUCCGGCGAGAUCGAUUUCGACUUCUCCAACGAGGAGAGCCUCAAGACCCAGCGUCGUCCCCAGCCCAAAGGACACACCACUGCCUGCCGUAUCACCUCUGAAGAUCCCGGCGAGGGUUUCAAGCCUUCGAGCGGUACCAUGCACGAGCUGAACUUCCGCAGUUCGUCUAAUGUCUGGGGUUACUUCUCCGUCGGUACCGCUGGUGGUAUCCACAGUUUUUCCGACAGUCAGUUCGGUCACAUCUUCGCCUAUGGCGAGAAUCGUUCUGCCUCGCGUAAGCACAUGGUUGUUGCUCUGAAGGAGUUGAGCAUUCGUGGUGACUUCCGUACCACUGUUGAGUAUCUCAUCAAGCUGUUGGAGACUCCGGCUUUCGAGGACAACACCAUCACCACCGGGUGGCUCGACCAGCUCAUCUCCAAUAAGCUGACUGCCGAGCGUCCUGACCCCAUUGUCGCUGUCAUCUGUGGUGCCGUCACCAAAGCCCACCUUGCCAGCGAGGCUGGUAUCGAGGAGUACCGUAAGGGUCUGGAGAAGGGUCAGGUCCCUUCCAAGGAUGUCCUGAAGACCGUCUUCCCCGUGGACUUCAUCUACGAAGGUGCCCGCUACAAGUUCACUGCCACUCGUGCCAGUCUGGACAGCUACCACCUGUUCAUCAACGGUUCCAAGUGCUCCGUUGGCGUCCGUGCUUUGGCUGACGGUGGUCUGCUGGUUUUGCUCAGCGGCCGCAGUCACAACGUCUACUGGAAGGAGGAGCCUGCUGCCACCCGUCUCAGCGUGGACGGCAAAACCUGCCUUCUAGAGCAGGAGAACGACCCCACCCAGCUUCGCUCCCCCUCCCCCGGUAAGCUGGUCAAAUUCACCGUCGAGAACGGUGAGCACGUUCGUGCUGGCCAGGCCUACGCUGAGGUUGAGGUCAUGAAGAUGUACAUGCCUCUCAUUGCACAGGAGGAUGGUAUGGUGCAGCUCAUCAAGCAGCCUGGCGCCACUCUGGAGGCCGGUGAUAUCCUUGGUAUCCUCGCCCUGGAUGACCCUUCGCGUGUCAAGCAUGCCCACCCCUUCACUGGCCAGCUGCCCGAUCUCGGCCCUCCCGUCGUUGUCGGUAUGAAGCCCCCGCAGCGCUUCUGGUUGCUGUACACCAUUCUGGAGAACAUUCUCCGUGGUUUCGAUAACCAGUUCAUCAUGGGUGACACCCUGAAGGAGCUCGUCGAGGUCCUGCGCAACCCGGAUCUUCCCUACGGAGAGUGGAACGCACAGUCGUCCGCUCUGCACUCGCGCAUGCCCCAAAAGCUGGAUGCUCAGCUGGAGGGCGUGGUUGAGAAGGCCAAGGCCCGCAAGGCCGAGUUCCCCGCCAAGCAGCUGCUGAAGACCAUUCUCCGCUUCAUUGAGGAGAACGUCAAUCCUGGCGAUGCCGAUAUUCUCAAGACUACCCUCCUGCCCCUGACUCAGGUCAUCAACAAGUACAUGGAUGGCCUGAAGACCAACGAAUUCAAUGUCUUCAUCGGUCUGUUGGAGCAGUACUACGAGGUCGAGAAGUUGUUCUCCACCGGCACCAAGCGCGAUGAGGACGUCAUCCUCAAGCUUCGUGAGGAGAACAAGGAGGACAUCACCAACGUCGUUCACACUGUCCUGUCGCAUAGUCGCAUCGGCUCGAAGAACAACCUGGUCUUGGCUAUUUUGGAGAUGUACCGCCCCAACCAGCCCAACCUUGGCAACGUCAACAAGCACUUCAAGCCUAUCCUGAGGAAGUUGACUGACCUCGAGGCUCGCUCCACCGCCAAGGUCACCCUUAAGGCCCGUGAAGUUCUUAUCCAGUGUGCUCUGCCCUCUCUGGAGGAGCGCCUGUCCCAGAUGGAGCACAUCCUCCGCUCCUCGGUUGUCGAGUCCCGCUACGGCGAGACCGGCUGGGACCACCGCGAGCCCGACGCUGGCAUCUUGAAGGAGGUUGUUGACUCCAAGUACACCGUUUUCGAUGUCCUUCCCCGCUUCUUCGUACACCCGGACCCUUGGGUUACUCUCGCUGCUCUGGAGGUCUAUGUGCGCCGCGCCUACCGUGCGUACACUGUGAAGAGCCUUGAAUACAUUGCCUCUGGCGAGCCUCCCUUCCUGUCCUGGGACUUCACCCUUGGCAAGCUGGGUCAGCCCGAAUUUGGCCCUUUUUCCUCCACCCAGCCCUCUACUCCCAGCACCCCUACCGCUGAGGCCAACCCCUUCAAGCGCAUCAACUCUAUCAGUGACAUGUCCUACCUGGUCAACGACCCCUCCGCUGAUCCUGUCCGCAAGGGUGUUAUCAUCCCCGUGCAGUACCUGGAGGAUGCCGAGGAGUUCCUGUCCAAGGCUCUGGAGGCUUUCCCCCGCGCUGGAUCCAAGGCCCAGAAGGCUGACAACGGCCUGAUUGCCAACCUCGAAGGCAAGCGCCGUCCUGCACCCACCGGCGCUCCGACCAAGGAAAAUGACAGCGAGCUCACUGGUGUCCUCAACAUUGCUAUCCGUGACAUUGAGGACCAGGAUGAUUCACAGAUUGUCACCCAGAUGCAGGCUCUGCUGGCUGACAACAAGGAUGAGCUGCUCGCUCGCCGCAUCCGCCGUGUUACCUUCAUCUGCGCUAAGAACGGUGUCUACCCCGGCUACUUCACCUUCCGUGGACCUACGUACGAGGAGGAUGAAAGUAUUCGUCACAACGAGCCUGCUCUGGCCUUCCAGCUUGAGCUCGGUCGUCUGUCCAAAUUCAAGAUCAAGCCUGUCUUCACCGAGAACCGCAACAUUCACGUCUACGAGGCGUUUGGAAAGGGCCUCGAGAGUGACAAGGCCGUCGACAAGCGCUACUUCGUCCGCGCUGUGGUAAGUCCUGGUCGUCUGCGCGAUGAUAUCCCUACUGCCGAGUACCUAAUCUCGGAGGCCGACCGCUUGAUGAACGACAUUCUGGAUGCCCUGGAGAUCAUCGGCAACAACAACUCUGAUCUCAACCACAUCUUCAUCAACUUCUCUCCCGUCUUCAAUCUGCAGCCCAUUGAUGUCGAGCAGGCCCUGGCUGGCUUCCUUGACCGCUUCGGCCGUCGCCUGUGGCGCCUCCGUGUUACUGGUGCUGAGAUCCGUAUCCUUUGCACGGAUCCUUCCACCGGCAUGCCUUACCCGCUCCGUGUGAUCAUCAGCAACACCUAUGGUUUCAUUAUUCAGGUCGAGCUCUACAUCGAGCGCAAGUCCGAGAAGGGUGAGUGGAUCUUCCAGAGCAUUGGUGGUACCAACAAGCUCGGCUCCAUGCACAUGCGCCCGGUCUCUACUCCGUACCCUACCAAGGAGUGGCUGCAGCCCAAGCGUUACAAGGCCCAUCUCAUGGGGACUCAGUACGUGUACGACUUCCCCGAGCUGUUCCGCCAGGCCUUCCAGAACGCUUGGACCAAGGCUGUCGCGGACAUUCCCUCGCUGGCUUCGUCGCGCCCUGCUAUUGGCGAGUGCAUUGACUACAGCGAGCUGGUCCUUGACGAUACCGACAACUUGGUUGAGGUUUCCCGUGAGCCUGGCACCAACUCUCACGGUAUGGUCGGCUGGCUCGUCACUGCCCGUACCCCCGAGUACCCGCGUGGCCGUCGCUUCAUCAUCAUUGCCAACGAUAUCACCUUCCAGAUUGGUUCGUUCGGUCCUCAGGAGGACAAGUUCUUCCACAAGUGCACCGAGCUCGCCCGCAAGCUUGGCAUUCCUCGCAUCUACUUGUCUGCCAAUUCCGGUGCCCGUAUCGGUAUGGCUGAUGAGCUGAUCCCGUACUUCUCCGUCGCCUGGAACGACGCCUCCAAGCCCGAGGCCGGUUUCAAGUAUCUUUACCUCACCCCUGAGGUGAAGAAGCGCUUCGACGCCAGCAAGAAGAAGGAGGUUAUCACUGAGCUCAUUCAUGAUGAGGGUGAGGACCGCCACAAGAUCACCACCGUCAUUGGUGCCAAGGACGGCCUUGGUGUUGAGUGUCUGAAGGGCUCCGGUCUCAUUGCCGGUGCCACUUCCAAGGCCUACGAGGACAUCUUCACCAUCACCCUGGUUACCUGCCGCUCCGUCGGUAUUGGUGCCUACCUGGUCCGUCUUGGUCAGCGUGCUAUCCAGGUUGAGGGUCAGCCUAUCAUUUUGACUGGUGCGCCUGCCAUCAACAAGCUGCUUGGUCGCGAGGUCUACACCUCCAACCUGCAGCUUGGUGGUACCCAGAUCAUGUACAACAACGGUGUCUCGCACAUGACUGCUGCCGACGAUUUCGAUGGUGUCCGCAAGAUCAUCGAGUGGAUGUCCUUCGUUCCCGACAAGAAGGGUGCUCCCAUCCCCAUCCGUCCCUGGUCCGACAACUGGGACCGCGAUAUCGCCUACUACCCGCCUCCGAAGCAGGCAUACGAUGUCCGCUGGCUCAUUGGUGGUAAGCAGGAUGAGGAAGGCUUCCUGCCCGGUCUGUUCGACAAGGACUCCUUCGAGGAGGCCCUUGGCGGCUGGGCUCGCACCGUCGUCGUGGGUCGUGCCCGCCUUGGUGGUAUUCCGAUGGGUGUGAUUGCUGUUGAGACCCGCUCCGUCGAGAACGUCACUCCUGCUGAUCCUGCCAACCCUGAUUCCAUGGAGAUGAUCACUCAGGAGGCUGGUGGUGUGUGGUACCCCAACUCUGCUUACAAGACUGCCCAGGCUCUGCGUGACUUCAACAACGGUGAGCAGCUGCCCGUCAUGAUCCUUGCCAACUGGAGAGGUUUCUCUGGUGGUCAGCGUGACAUGUACAACGAGGUGCUCAAGUACGGUUCGUACAUCGUCGACGCCCUCGUCAAGCACGAGCAGCCCAUCUUUGUAUACAUUCCUCCCCACGGCGAGCUCCGUGGUGGAUCCUGGGUCGUUGUCGAUCCCACAAUCAACCCCGACCAGAUGGAGAUGUACGCCGACGAGGAGUCCCGCGGUGGUGUUCUCGAGCCCGAGGGUAUCGUCAACAUCAAGUACCGCCGCGACAAGCAGCUCGACACCAUGGCCCGCCUGGACUCCACCUACGGUGACCUGCGCCGCUCUCUCCAGGACAAGUCGCUCAGCAAUGAGCAGCUGUCCGAGAUCAAGGCCAAGAUGGCCGAGCGUGAGGAGAAGCUUCUGCCCGUGUACCUGCAGAUCGCUCUUCAGUUCGCCGACCUGCACGACCGCGCCGGUCGCAUGCAAGCUAAGAACACCAUCCGCAAGCCCCUGCGUUGGCAGAAUGCCCGCCGCUUCUUCUACUGGCGUCUGCGCCGCCGUCUCAGCGAAGAGCUGAUCGUCAAGCGCAUGGUCACCACCGCCGCCACCCCUGCUCCCCGCAACGGCGCCGGCGGUGCCAUCCCCUCCACCGGCACCACCCACACCACUCCAGAGUCCUCCCGUGCCUCCCAUCUCCGCACCCUGCACGCCUGGACCGGUCUCCUGGAUGAAGAAAUCGAGCACGACGACAUGAAGGUCGCUACCUGGUACGAGGAGAACAAGAAGCUCGUCCAGGCCAAGGUCGAGGCCCUGCGCACCGAUGGUGUUGCUUCCGAGGUUGCUCAGCUUCUUAUUGGAAACAAGGAGGGUGGUCUUCGUGGUGUGCAACAGGUGCUGUCUAUGCUGCCCGUUGAGGAGCGCGAGAACGUGCUCAAGUACCUCGGAUCCGCAUAA